AUGUCCUCUUGGAUUACAGGUUUUACAGCAGAAGUUCUUGUAACUAUCUUAACUGAAGGUGUUUACGAUCCAGCAACAGAAAGCUGUAAACAUAUUGUAGUACAGAAUACGAUAUCAACAAUAUGCCUUUCGACUGGACUAUUUCUUCUUCAAUCUGUUAUAACACUGACGCUUUUUACAUUGGCAUACAUUGAUGUAUUUCGUGGUAUCAAAGCAUCACUUCGAUUCGCAGUGUCCGCUAGAGCUGAACAUGUCAACGGUAUCAAAAGACUAAAGAAAGUAACUAAAGUAACUAAAGUAGCAGCAAUAACAACAUUUGUGUUGGCAGUUUGCUGGCUUCCAUGUUCUGUUUCAUUCUACUACUCAUUAUUAGUAUAUGAGCCAUUUAAUGAUCUCCAUAAUCUGUUUGUGGUGUAUAUUGGUUUACUUGCCUUUGCUAAUUCUUGUAUCAAUCCUUUUGUUUACGUGUUUUCAAAUCCUGAAUUGAGGAAUGCUCUCAGGGAUAUAUUUUGUUAG